CCUGGAGCUCCUUUCCUACCCUGGAUGGAGCUCAUCUGUUGACCAGUGGAAGGUGGAGUAACAGGGACAGCUAGAAGCUCCAGUUUGAGGGGUUCAGAACCCAUCUUGGACCGUCUACGAACCAUUCCACUCCUGGGGAGCAGCAGCCAGUCCUGAUAUCAGGCCUACUGUGUAAAACCUUCUAGUUUAGUUGAGUUUUAAUUGGUUUGAAUAAAAGCAGUAAAACCUCUGUGCUUCAAUGAGAUGAACAGAAGCUGACGUCUCUGAUCCUCCUGCAGGUUAUCGAGGGUUAUCUUCCAGAGGUCGGCUGGAUCAGAGGCUCAUUUAGAGGCGAGGAUGUUCCUCUGAAUCCAUGAAGAUCAACCAAAGGAAGCAGACAGCAUGGCAGCAGCACAGCCUGAUCCCCCAAUGAAGCGCCGUUCUAGCAGUGAAAUCUUUCGUCCAAACUUGUCUGAGGAGGGGAAUGGAGAAAAGGAUGAAGGUUUGACAAUGACUUUAAAACCUAAAGCUUCACUAAACCUGGUUUUGUUUGGAAGGAGAGGACCAGUGAAGACCUCUGCAGCCAAGGCCAUUCUAGGUCAGAUAGAUCUACCUUCAGCCUCCAACUCCUCAGAGUGUGUUAGAAACCAGGGAGAAGUUCAUGGACGUUUGGUUUCUGUGGUGGAGCUGCCUGCCUUUUACGGAAAAGCUCAGCAGGAAGUGAUGGAGGAAUCAUUCAGGUGUAUCUCCCUCUGUGAUCCUGAGGGUGUCCACGCCUUCAUCCUGGUCCUACCUGUGGGUCCCCUCACUGAUGAAGACAAGGGAGAGUUACAGACCAUCCAGGACACAUUCAGCUCUAGAGUCAAUGACUUCACUAUCAUCCUGUUCACUGUGGAGUCAGAUCCUACAGAUCCUGACUUCAUAGAGACUGAUAGAAACAUCCAGGAGCUCCUUCAGGGCUGUGGAGGAAGAUAUGUUGUUCUCAACAUCAAGGACAGUCAGCAGAUCCCAGAACUGAUGGAGACGGUAGAAAUGAUGAUUAAUGAACAGUUAAGAUCCUUCUCAAAAGACGUGUUCACCAGGAUUUUGAUUGAGAGAACUUUAAAACUGAAAGCUGAACUGCAGGAUGUGGAACCGAAGAGUGAGGAGGAGGGUGAAGAUGAACCACAGUCAAUAGAACCACGGAGGAAAGAGACGGAUGUAAAGGAAAAAGACGAAGAAGACAAGAAAAAACACAGAGAUGAAGUUAAAGCCCUUCAGGCUAAACUUGAACAGGAGAGAAAGCAGAAAAUUCAACUGCUGAAGGAAAAAGAAGAAUUGAUGGAGUCUGAAAGGAUAAAGACAGAACGUGAGGAAGCAGAAAGAAAAUGGAGAAGGACGGAAGAAUCACAGUGGAAAGAGUGGCAGCAAAAAUUUGGUGCUUUACAAAAACAAGUAAGUUUUGAACGAGAGCAAAAAGAGGCGGCUGAGAAGAGGCUGGAGCAGUGCAGACGAGAGAGGGUCAGGGAGAGGGAAGCUUUUGAGAAAGAAAAGGACAAAAUCUGGGAGCGAAUGCAUGAGGAGCUGAAACAGAACCUGCAGGAGGAGAGGAUGAGUCACCGAAAACUUCUGGAAGAGUACUAUCGGAAAAGAAGGAAAUGGACUUAUGUGUGGUUUGCUUCACUGGUACUUUUUCUUGUACUACUAUAUUUGUAUCAAAGCCGUUAAGUUAUUGAUCCUGUAAACUUUUUCCGAGUUUUCCGUUUUACAAAUAUAGUUUCCUC